AUGAUCGGGGACUUUGAAUACCUGCAACAGCGUGUGGCGCUUCAAGUGGACGUCUUGCGUCAGCACAUCGUGGGUGUAGCUGAAGUCGUACUAGCUCCACGUGCUAUGGAAUUGCGUGUGCUUCGAUUGCAUGCGCGGCAACUUAAGGUGCGGACUGUGCACAUUGAUGGCAUGAAGACUCACUUUGAGCAACUUAAUUUUUUAGGUGAGAUUGUGGAUGAAAAUUACCGAGAUUUAGCUACAUUCGAUCUAUUCUAUCGUGGUGCUAUUGUUGCAUCAAAGGAAGGUGAACUUAUCAUUGAAAUUCCACGAGAAAUCUCCUUUCAAGAGGAUGAACAAGACGUUGAGGAUUCGAGCAACUUAAGCAAACCAUUUUUGGAAACAAACCACGUAGAACAAGAUGAUGAUGAGAUGACAGAAGUUGGUACUCAUCGUGAACAAAAAUUAAUCUUGGAUAUGUGGGACUUGGACCGUCUACCAAAAAGUUCUACAGGAUUUAAACCUAUUGUCGUACGAAUUGAGUACGAUAUUAUUGAGCCAAGUGGAGGAUUAAGAUUUGUGUUACCAGAUGAACAGUAUCAGCCAAAACGUUCUCCACAUAUGUACACUUAUUGUGGACCAUUUGGAGGUCUUUGUGAUGGUGCACGCUCCUGGAUGCCGUGUCGAGAUACACUACGAGAUGCCUGUACAUUUCGGAUUGAAUUAACGGUCCCUGACUGGUGUGUAGCAGUUUGCAGUGGACAAAUGGUACAGCAAGUACUGAGUCCAGAGACUGAUGCGGAUGGAAUGCAGUGGAGAACAUUUCGAUACAUUGUCAACCCCAAGACCAAUUGCUCGUCCAUAGGCUUUGCAGUUGGUCCUUUUCGACUCUACGUGCCGCCGGAAAUGCCCAAGAUGACGCAUUUUGCACUGCCAGAGUGUUUUGAGGAUCUAGUGCAUUGUACGUCAAGGUUAGCCUCAACGAUGACGUAUUUUGAAACUGCACUGGGAGCUUCGUAUCCGUUCAAGACCUACCAGCAGGUCUUUGUGGAGGACCUGCCAGACCAGUUGCAGUACAUUGCUGGAGGGGCUAUUUUGGACCAGAACCUAUUGCAUGGACCGCGGAUUAUUGAUCGCGAGCUGCCAUCGCACUUGGCGCAAGUGAAAGGACUUGUAGGUAGCUGGGUUGGUGGUGCUGUUGGAAUUCAGAGCACGAAAGACGCAUGGGUGCUCAUUGGUGUUAUUGGUCAUCUUGUUAACACAUAUGUUCGGUCAAUCUACGGUGAGGAGGAGUAUGGCUACCGAAUUCAGCUUGCGAUGGAUGCGCUGACCACAAUGGAAUUAACAACGGACCAGUUGUCACCUGCCCUGCUGUCAUCUGAGGUAGACGUUUAUUCCGAAUACGAUCCGUUGUCUCUCACACUACUCGAAGUGAAGGCACCUCUUGUGCUGCACAUGGUUGAGCAGCGCGUCGGUCCAAAGCAUUUAAGCAUCGCUAUCCAACGUGCUGUGUCUGGUGGGAGUGCAAGCGUUGUGGCUAAUCUUGCUGCAAAUGGUGGGAGCGAUGGUACUGCGACUGGAGAUGGAAACAAAGAUGAUGGAGCAAAGAAGAUGCACGAUGACAAGAAAGGUGGUGGACGAGAUGAUGAAGAAGAAGCGGGUGAGGCAGGUGGUGAGGCUGCAAAUGCUGGUGCAGCUGGAAAGUCGAUGGGUAGUUUAGCUUCGUCCGAGCCUUUGACGACGCUGUCGUUUUUGAAGACGGUGAAGGCGAUUGCGGGGGGCAUCGGGCCAGGAUCUAACGAAACACAAGCGGAAGUGGUUUUACAACAAGAGGUUCCUCCUGGUGGAAAGCUUUAUACUGGCCCUAUUACAAUCACGAUUGUAGAGGAUACGAGUGAAUACUCCUACCAGAAACGUGUUGAACACAAGCGGCAUAAAUUUGACUUUCCGUGCCACUCAAAGGUCCGUAAGAAACGCCGCAAACGCCAGGGACUUGCAGACCCGGACGACUCGGUGUCUGUUGGUGGUCCCGGCAUGGGAUUAAAUGACACGCCAGUGUUCUGGGUGAAGAUUGAUACCGGCUGUGCGUGGCUGAGGCACGUGGUCAUGCAUCAGCCAGACUUUAACUGGAUGGAGCAGUUGCUAUCAGACAAAAAGGUUGGUUCCCGUGUGCACGCCGCCCGUGCACUAGCACUAUUCCAUCGACCACAUGAGAAGCCCAACGUGAUGUCAUGCCGAGUGCUUACGGAGUGUAUGAGCGGUCUUACGACUCACUCAAGACGGCUGCGUGCUGAAGCUGCUCAAUCGCUUGGUAUCUGGCAAUCAAUCCAUGCGCCUUUGACUAAUGCCAACACACAGCUACCAAUUUGGAAAGCGAUGCACAAUCUUGUGCGCAUCUUUAAGGAACACUUUUUUGACCGAGCAACGGAUAUGCCAUUGCCGAACUAUUUUUUGCCGUCUGGUGGUAAGGUUAUCCUUGAAGCUUUAGGAGCGCAGCAGGCAUCGGUUUCUAGCAAGCAAAUUCAGGUACAGGAUUACGCUGCUGGUGAAUACGAAAUCAAGAAGAGCAUUCCUAAGGCUCUCGCAAUGAUUCGUGCCCAAAGUGGCAAGUCGCCGCCCGAGAUCGAAGCUUUCCUGCUGCAACUACUUAUUGAGAAUGACAACUCGAAGAACUACAUUGAAAUGGGCGAUCAGUCGCAGGUUGCUGACGACUGCUACUACAUUGGAAAUUUGGUGCUCUCGUUAUCAGUCUUGAGCGUUGACCGACCAGCGCGCUCCGAUGGUGGCGAUACGCUUGUCGUGCGUGAGAUUUUGCGCUCUCUACACUACGAUCAGGUUCAGCCAAGCUACAAUAAGACCAUUACCGUAUGCUGUUUAGAGGCGCUGUGCAAUCUGGUGUUAGCUGGCCGAUGUGAGGAGAAGCUGGUGAACUUUCACUCGUUUGCUUCACCGAAGCACUCCAAUGUUGUGCGUAAAGCAGCUAUCGAAAGCAUUUUUCGUUUGUACUUUGCUGAAGACCCGCACGGUCCGACUGCUGGUGACAACAGUUCUUCGACUAAGGGAUUGAUUUACUCAGUCGGCUCUGCCGCACACCAUAAGGCCAGUCGAACAUCGGCACGGGGAGCGUCUUCUUUGCUUGCAAAUAAUUAUGGUGCCACGGCAGCGAUGUUGUGGCUAUGUGAACUAUUGAAGGCCGAACAGUCUCCAGGUGUCCGGUUGUUUGCUGUGCAAGUGUGUUUAAACUGCAUACGCGGAUUUCCACCUGGUGUUGGAAAAGAAGUUCUGGCAACGUGGGACCACAGCUAUACGCUAGGCCUGAUGAAUUAUAUUGAGAUGAAGGAGCCGACAUCUUUUGUUCUCAAAAGCCCGGAGAAGGACAAGAUACUGGGAUUGUUUGAUCGCCCUGACUUGAGCAAGCUUCGUGACGAUAGCAGCUCAGCCAAACGUAUCAUUGAGGAGUUGUGGAACUUGAUGAACACGACUGCUGCGAUGGACCAGAGACUGCGUGUGGCACUUAUUGUUUUAUAUCGAAGGGUGUGGGGUGAAACUACUCCCAUCUCAGUUGCUCACAUUGUUCAGGACAAGGCUCCAAACUGGGCAGGUGGCUACGAAAGUCUUCGACUUAUGAUGGAAGAUAGUAAAAACCGGAUGUUGAUGAGCGGCUCGGGUCGUGGUGGUCUUAGUGGUCCCGAUGCCAAUAACGGAUUGGGUAGAAAGUCUGAGGAUGAUCGAAAGCGAGGCUUUGCGUAUAAUGCCAGCAACUCGACCGAUUCUGCGCUUGAGCCGUUUCGCGGCAAGAAGUUUAAGUUUAAAAUGGGUGAUACGACCUUCCGGUCGCACAAGCUGUAG